AUGGCUGUUACCUCCAUAGACUUGCAUCUCGAAGGAGACAACCAGGUGUACAUCUCCGGCCAAAGAGUUAAAGGAUCGCUUGUUCUACAUAUAGGCUUACCCGUUAUCAUAGCAGGCGUCGAGGUCCGUUUCCGUGGAGCCGCACGUGCGAAGUGGAGUGAGACUGUCCAGAGUGGUACUCAUCGUACCGAUAUAGAACACGAGAAAGAAGAGAUCUACUUCGACGACAGGUUUUGUCUCUGGGGAAAAGUCAACGCUCAAAGUAGAUGGGAAGGCAGAGAGGUGUUACAGAGAGGUCGCCACAUGUUUCCGUUCCAGUACAAGGUACCAGAGGGCGUGCCAUGUUCAUUUGAGGGACCGGAUGCCCACGUGCGUUACAAUGUCCAAGGAAUUAUCAUCCGAUACAAUGGGGAAUGCAUAUCGACACAGCGUAUCAUUAAUGUCCUGCGGGAUUACGAUCCGAAAAAGGAGCCGUGUGAUUUAUCUGCGAACUCGACACAACAUCCGCUAGAAGACCACUCGGAACGGUCAGUCCAUACCUUCUGUUGCCGACCUGGACGAGUGUCGUGUUCAAUUUCGCUACCUAAACGUGCCUACGUGCCCGGGGAGAUCCUACGGGCGGAAAUCACUGUACACAAUCUGUCCAUCCGCAAGUCGGGCGCUGUCAGCCUUCAACUGAAACAGAUUAUUUCCUAUGGCGGGGUACACACACGGACCAUGCUUUUGAAGGAUCUCAAGGUGUGCGACAGCUUGAGGCCGGGGCAGCACCGUCACUGGCGGGAAUACCCGCUGCGGGUACCCUCACUUUGUCCUUCUCGACUACAUAUGUGCAAGGUGCUUGACCUUCGGUACUGCGUGGCGGUGGAGGCCAGUUUUGCCGACACGGUGCUAUACGCUGCUGUGCCAGUUACCAUAGCGACGGUACCAGAUAACGACUUCGAGUGUACUAAAUGGUCAUAUAAAUAUGGUGCGCCACCUCUGAUGACCGAUGACGCCGUUACAGAUUGCUAUAUAUAUGGUUGUACACGUGCGGAGUCUGAAGAGGAGGAAUUCAAACCAAAAUAUAAAUAUUUUGAAGAUUUAAGGGACAUACGAAGAGAAAAAGACGUACUUUUGAAAUUGCGCCAAAGUCCAGGAACAAAACGUAGGAAAGACAAAGACAAAAGUAAAGGAGAGACAAGCAGACCGUGUGUUAAAUUAAAAACUGAUGAGGUAACGUCAACCUCGCAAGCUUAG